CCCCAGUCCUACGAUUUCCGUUUGCCUGGUCGUCUGGGAAACCAGCAACUUCCGGCCUCGCAGCGGUGGGCGGAGCUAAGAUGGCUGAAGAGAAACUGUCUGUGAGAACUCAGGUUCCUGCAUCUGCUGAAUCUCAAAAACCCCGGCUGAAAAAAGCUCCAGAGUUUCCUAUUUUGGAAAAGCAGAACUGGUUGAUACAUCUCCAUUAUAUCCGGAAGGAUUUUGAAGCAUGCAAGGCUGUUAUCAAAGAACAGCUUCAGGAGACUCAGGGGUUAUGUGAAUAUGCUAUCUAUGUCCAAGCUUUGAUACUGCGUCUGGAAGGAAAUAUCCAAGAAUCCCUAGGACUUUUUCAGAUGUGUGCAGUUCUCAGCCCUCAGUGUGCUGAUAACCUCAAGCAGGUGGCCAGAUCUCUAUUUCUUUUGGGAAAACAUAAAGCUGCCAUUGAAGUAUAUAAUGAAGCAGCUAAACUUAAUCAGAAAGACUGGGAAAUCUGUCAUAACCUAGGAGUUUGCUACAUUUAUCUGAAACAGUUCGACAAGGCACAAGACCAGUUGCUCAAUGCCCUACAUCUUAACAGACAUGAUCUGACUUACAUAAUGCUGGGCAAGAUCUUCUUGCUGAAGGGAGACUUGGACAAGGCCAUCGAAAUCUACAAGAAAGCAGUGGAGUUCUCACCAGAAAAUACAGAACUUCUUACAACUUUAGGAUUACUCUACCUACAGCUCGGCAUUUACCAGAAGGCAUUUGAACAUCUUGGAAACACACUGACUUAUGACCCUACCAACCACAAGGCCAUCUUGGCAGCAGGCAGCAUGAUGCAGACCCAUGGGGACUUUGAUGUUGCCCUCACCAAAUACAAAGUUGCAGCAUGUGGUGUUACAGAAAGCCCUCCACUCUGGAAUAACAUUGCAAUGUGCUUCUUUGGCAAGAAGAAAUAUGUGGCAGCCAUCAGCUGCCUGAAACGAGCCAACUACCUGGCACCUUUAGAGUGGAAGAUUCUCUAUAAUUUGGGCCUUGUCCACUUGACUAUGCAGCAGUACGCAUCCGCUUUCCAUUUCCUCAGCGCAGCCAUCAACUUCCAGCCGAAGAUGGGGGAGCUCUACAUGCUUUUGGCUGUGGCUCUGACCAAUCUGGAGGAUACAGAGAAUGCCAAGAGAGCCUAUGAAGAAGCAGUCCGCCUUGAUAAGUGUAACCCUUUAGUGAACCUGAACUAUGCUGUGCUGCUGUAUAACCAGGGCGAGAAGAGGGGUGCCCUGGCCCAGUAUCAGGAGAUGGAGAAGAAAGUCAACCUACUCAAGUAUAGUAGCUCUCUGGAAUUCGAUCCGGAGAUGGUGGAGGUAGCCCAGAAGCUGGGAGCUGCUCUACAGGUCGGGGAGGCACUGGUCUGGACUAAACCAGUUAAAGAUCCCAAAUCAAAGCACCAGACUGCUUCAACCAGUAAAGCCGCCUGUUUCCAGCAGCCUCUGGGCUCUAAUCAAGCUCUAGGACAGGCAAUGUCUUCAGCAGCCACAUACGGGAAGCUGCCCUCAGGUGCUGGAGGAACAUCCCAGCUCACAAAGCCACCAUCCCUUCCUCUGGAGCCAGAGCCCACUGUGGAAGCACAACCCACGGAAGCAUCAGCACAAACCAGAGAAAAGCAGGUGUAGGAUGACCCUGGAGCUGGGCUUUCUUUGGCGAGGACCUACCAGAUUAGGAAAGGUCCCAUGACACAGGCAGCAUAUACAGGAACGUGUGAUGAUGAUCACCAGGAUGCUGAAGCCUUCACAGUCCCUGGCUGCGCCAUGAGCUAGGAAAGAGGAGAUGGCCCAGAUGAGUUCUCUUAAGAACUGAGAGCAAGGCUUUGGCUCUGUAUGUGGUGCCAAGAGCCAGCAGGGCACGUGACACUGUUUGCUGUGGAAAGGAUUUACCUCCCGCUGACUGAGCCCUUUGUGGAAGAAAAGUCUGAGACAGACCUCUGCUGGCAUGACAAGGCCUUGGCUUAGCUGAGGUGAUCCUUGGGCUGUGUGGUAGGUAUAUUGGCUACCAAGGCAAACACAAAUCUUGAAUUAAUAAUCCAGUUCUAAUAGUAGAAAUUAGAAGAUGGAAAAAAAAAAAAAAAGCUCUUUAAAUUGUGGCCCAGUCUAUUGAGUAUUUAGCUGCACUUGCCCAGAAGAAUCCAGAAAAAGCCCCUAUAGGCUUGUUCUUGAGUGAGGUUAGAGUGCAGAGCCAGAUCAUGUCAGUAUGAAAAGAGAUAAAGGGCUGGUCUGGUAUCAGCACCAAGGACUGGGGAAAAAAAAAAGGAGGAGCUUCUUAAAACCUCCUCAGUUAAGACAUUCAGUGAUAGCACUGACCAGAUGCUAGCAAUACAUUAUAUAUCCUUUUCAGAAUAAAGAUUAUGUAUCAUCCCUUUGGGAAAAGUUGUAUAAGGGAUCACAAUAAAAUGUUUCUGGAAGAAUCUUGUAUCUGCCGAGUCUUGGGGCUUCUGGAUUUCUAGUUUCUCUGUUAAGAAAGGAGCUAUUCCGAUUUCUAGUAUGGUUGUUACUCAUGUCAUCACAAUUAGAAAAAUGAGGCUACAUACACAAUCACAAAUAUAGACAUGGUUUUAGAUGGCUCAGAUUAGAGGCAAGAAAGAACUAGCAAUGGGAAAAGUGCCCUUCUUACUGAAUAAUGUUAAUACAAAACAAAGUAGAAUUCUGGAGUGUGUGAUUACAAUGAUUAUUUUGUUCUUAAGGAAAAAAAUCAGCACUGACUGAUAGUUAAGUGGCUCACAAUGGACCAGUCCUCCCACAGACAACAAACAGUAACCAGUAGGUAAAUAUAAAGUACGUAACUGUUCCAGGUA